AUGAUGAAGGUGACGAAUGACAAGGAAACAGAUAUGAUGUUGGUAUGGUUCGUUCGGAAGAACACCGAGCGAUAUGGACGGAAGGCUCCGAAAUUGGUUUCAACAGCAGCAAGUGAAAUUAAAAAAAAUCUAAGCGGUUUAAUCUAUCAUGAAAAAACUAAUAAUGGUGAUUAUUUAUGUUAUUACAAAAAUUUGGCCAGCGAUAAUCCAAUCACAUAUUUGUGUAAUACUGAAUGCUGCACAAACGGCUGCUGCGCACUUCAGGAAAUUAAAAUGAGUGGAGGUUAUAACUUGAUGGUUGUACUUUUGUUAAUAUUCGUUUUUGCGAUACUAUUCACAGCGGCCGCCAUGCUUAUCAUUUAUUACAUUUACAAUCGUAAAAGCACCGAACGUGGCUAUGAAUUCAGCGGAAGUUUUACGGAAGAUAGUGUUGUUGGAUCACAAGUCAGUGGACCUCCAAUGUACUUUGGUGAACGUCGAUAUCUCCCUCAUAUCAAUCCUGUAAAGUCAUACUGA